AUGUCACUUCCCGGAGACUUGCAACAAGCCUCAGUGAUCGCUUCUUGUGCAAAUCCGUCGCCCGGCAAUGUUGUUAGCCAAUACGGCAAACGAAUUAUCAGAAUCUCUGAUCAUCAAAUCGUUAAAUGCGGCCCAGAUAUGACAAGAGAAGAAUAUGAAAAUCAAAGGAUAGCGUAUGGACUGGUGGAUAGCCGCAUAGCUCGUAUUCCACGCGUGUAUGAGUUCUUUCUUGACGAGCGAGGCUGGGGCUAUAUUGUGAUGGAGUUUAUAGAAGGAAAGAUCAUCGAUCCUUUGAAUGACGUUGGCGCUAUACAGAGGAUUGCUAGCGUGCUUGAUCAUUUCACAGCGCUACGAUACAAGAUUCCUGGGUCAUUUUAUGGAGGCGCUUGUCGUGGCCUUCUAUUCCCUGAAACCGAAGACUUGGUUUUCGACACUCUUGACCAGAUGGAGAAGUGGUUUAAUAGCCGGCUGUUCGCGCACAACCCGACCUUGACUUUACAGGGCUGUGAGCUCGUGCUCUGUCAUCUAGAUAUUGCACCUCGGAACAUGCUAUGGCAGGAAGAUGGAUCUCUCUGCCUUCUUGAUUGGGCAUCUGCGGGUUUCUAUCCAAGGUUAUUUGAGUUCUGCAUGCAAUGGAUAUUUGAUGGAAAGGAUGGAAGCUUCAAUUCCCUUCUCUUGGAGUCGAUGAAUCCUCUAUCUGAUCAUGAAAUGGCGCAGAAAGAUGCCAUCCUAUGUGCGUGGAGGAACAUCCAAAAAUAUCCAUUGUACGUCUAG